AUGGACCACAGCAAACUUUGUAUAAGAGGUUCAGAGACCUCGUUGAUUCAAAGUACCCUGUGUUUGGCGUUAUUCCCGACAUUUAUGAUAACUUGGACCCUUGGGCGGCUCUCGCGGAACGACUUACAUUCAAAGAGCUUAUUGAUCUUACUCGAUCAUCGACUUAUCAUGAAGAGGCAGGAAGAGGCUCGUGCCAGUGAAGAUUACUGUGGUAUCUCGUCUGUUCAGGAUCGGCACGGGAGACCCGCCUCCACCUACACCUUGUCGACGUCCAACCAUGCAAGUGGUCUGAUUCUCGGGUCUAACUUACGUUGUCAAGACAAACCGAUGAGACAUUCAGCACCGUUUAUGAAUAAAAACCUAAAGGAUCUUGAUUGCUCCAUGCCUAAUGUAUCACUCAAGUACCCGGAUGUCAAACCAGCAUUACCAUGCGCUGAGCCCAGCAUUCCCGCUCGACAUAACGAGAUAAAGAUUGCUGCAGCUUCUCUGAAGCUGUUUACCAUUUUUCCAACCAUCUUUUUACCAUCACAUUCCAUAGGAAAUUCCCUCAAAUGA